CUGCAAUUUGCUGCAGUUUGUCAUCGAACGUCGCGCCGUGUGGACGUGCCGUCGCGCGCCGUCGCGAAUGUAACAGAGCGGACCGAUUAUGAGCUCGCGCGGUGUCGCGCCGUGAUCUCUCGCCGCCGCAGCCGGGGAAUUAUGUCGACUCGGAGAAAUGGGUAAUUUGGCGACGCUACUAGUGAAGUUCGGUGCCGCGUUCCUCCUCGCCUGUCACGCGGAUUACGGCCUGGCCCAGGACAACGCGACUGCUGGAGAAUGCAUCGAGUCCGAGACGGGAUGCAAGCGGUGCAGGGACGGAACGUGCGCCCGAUGCGCCGUGCUGCUACAUCAGGGUACCUGCGUGCAUACCUGCCCACCGGGCUUCGUCGCCGACUGGUCCACCCGGGACGAGUACAUGGGCCGCAUCUGCCGGGAGACCGGCUACAUGUUCGGCCUCACCGGUAGCCAGGUCGCGAUUCUGGUGGGGGUGGUCUCCGGCGCCACCAUCUGUAUCUUCAUCAUCCUCUGCGGCGCGAUAGUCGUGCAUCGGCGUAAGAAGAAGGCGGCGAAGUUGGCCCAGCAGUUCGAGGACAGCGCGGAGAGAAGGGAGUUUCUCAAACACCUGGCGACGCUCCGUGGAGAGGCCAAUACUUUCCUCGCUAUGCUCAACGACACCAGGAGACAGGUCCGCGAGUUGUACUAUUCGGGAAGUAACGGAGACGGUGCCGUCGGAAUCCAGGCCUACAGACCAGUGCUACGUGACCUGGCGAGGAUAUUGGUCCUCGUGAACAGGAGAGACGAUGAGAUACCACUCCCGCCCGACGAUUGGCAACGAUUAUUCUCGUGGGCAGAGCGGCUGCUGAGAAGAUACAAAAGGCACAGUUCUCCAGAAGUGGCUCAGCUCGUGACGUUCCUGCAGCAGCCGACGAGCAAUCCCGUCCAAAUGACCUCGUCACCGGCGCAGCCGAUCGCGGCGUCGCAACCACCACCUCAUCAACCCGUGUACGAACCGAGAAGCACCCCCACUAAUCUCACCACAUUCCAAGCAAACGUGCCGCUCGCGACGUUUCAAGCGAGCGACAAGUCGAGCAUCAGUCCAGCGAGUUCGAGCCUCGGCUACACCAAGGACAGCAGUCCCCUCGGCUCGAGCCUGGGUCAGAACAGCGCUUCCGGCGUUUACAACAUCGAGAAGCUCAGCCCGAACGGCUCGACGAUCGGCCAAACGACACCCCUCGUCUAUGGUAGCAAUCUGAAGCGAGGGGGCUUGAGAACGAGUGACUCGCAUCUUCAAGAACUGCAGACGAUCUCUGCGUUCAAUCGCAGUUACAAUGGUGGCACGCUGCCUUUGGAGACCAACAGCAUCCGAGCGUUACAUGACGAAUGCGAGGUGAACGACGGCCUGGACCGCGACUUGAAUCCCCAAUGGAAGUUUCAGAGCAGCCCCGUAGAGGCGGCCAAUUACACUAUCCUGUCAGACUGGUCGCCCGCUCGCGACUAUCUCAUCGAUGACUUUACGAUCCUCGGCUUUCGACCGCAGGACGAAAUCACCACGGAACUAUAAUACGGCUGAUAGUGAUACAUAUCCAAACAAGACUUGUAUAGGAGUGAUUACGAAUGCUCGCGUGUUCCAAAUGUCGUUGUUUAGACAAUCGAUUUCGAUUUUUUUUUAAAUUCUCAACGAUCUACGACAAUCCUGUAACGGUACUUCGUAUUACGAUACUUGUCAGUUCUUGUUUUCGUGAAAAGUAUCGUGUGAAAUGCUACCUGCUACAUCAAGGCAGGUGUUAUUGUGAUAACACCUGAUAACCUACAUUCUACAAUUAGGAAGUAUACGAAUAAUAAAUAAUUCUAUGGUCAAUAUCGAGACGCAGACAAAUGUUAAAGUACGAAGAACACUCGUUAAAUCGCAAUAGAAGAAAUCAUUGUGUAAAAACUUGCCAUUUGUAACAGUUGAGUAAAUUUCAGUUCUGUAUUUUUGUUUCUUUAGGACGAGAUAACGUGAAAUGUUGAGUAUUAAUGAUACAUUUUCAUAAAAUAUCGUUUGUUUUCUAUGGAAUUGUAUUUAUGUUCUAAAUAUUGAAUAACUUUACCAAAAUAAUACCUUUAAUUUGUAUAUAUUCAAGUACACUGUGCAAUAGAAAAGAUACAAUGAUGCCAAAUUGUAAGAGCCUUGUAUAAAUAUCGGUCUUUAUUUAAUUCCUGCAUUGUACACGUUUAAUAAGAAUCAUUGUAUAUUAUAUAGUGUACUAGUCAACGUUUCCGUUUAUUCAUAUCUGAAUAUUAAAGCGUAUCUUCGCAAUUUUCAUACUUAUUUGUUUGCUUCACGCCUGCAUUUACGUAUUUGACUACAACGACUCAUUCGACGUUGUUCUUGUAACAAAUUUGUAAUUGUACAAAUUUGUAUGGAAUCAAUGACAGUGGAAUUGAUCGCAGUAUCUGGUUUCCGAUAGUGCGCACUAUAGUGUUCGUUAUACAUUCAUUAUUGAACAUUUCAUGUUCAUUAUUGCGUUUUAGAACUUGCAUUCCGCUCGGGUCGCCGAGCGGAUGUUGUGUAACGAUAUAAACACGACAACAAAGGGAGGAAAAACGCGAAUUUUAACUUUAUUUAUAUGAACGUACACACAUAUACACGCUGCAAACAUUUGAGUUGAACGUGUCAUUAUAUAUACGUAUGGCCGAUGUGGUCACUUGUACAAAUUGAUGUAAAUAUUGAUUAAUAUUUUAGUAAUAAAUGUAAGAAAGUAUGAAAUAUACGUAUUCUUUGCCAAUGUUUA